CCACCAUCCAAUUCACGUCAAUUCGAUUCCAUCACCAAGCCGAAUUUGAUGCAGCUCGGAUUGAGACGCACAACUGUAUCAACAUGCCUCCAGCGGCUUCUUCGUCGUCUUCCCCAACGGACACGACUUGGACCCAUGAGUACGAUACCAUUCGUCGGGAAAACCUCUUUCGAAACCCCCCCAAGGACCAUUCCGCAUAUCCCGCUCUGAAAGCUGCCAUUGCGCCUCAUGUUGAGUCGUUCAAUGCGCUGUUCGGGAAGGAUGGUUUGGUAGCCCAAGGUCUGCUGGACAUUGGGACUAAAACAUACCUCGAUGGCGACGAUCGAGCUGGGCUUGCGGGCAAGAAUAAGAUGACCAUCAAGAUCAAGGAAGUCUUCGUCGAGAAGUCAGUGCUUCCUCCGACAAACAAAUUUUCCACUCGGAAUCGAGAAAUUCUCCCUGCAGAAUGCCGCGAACGCCAUGUCACCUACCGAGGCAAGAUGAGCGCCAAAUUUGAGUUCCGGAUCAACAAUGGCGACCCGAAGGAGUUCAUACGAGAUCUAGGACAGCUUCCUCUGAUGUUAAUGUCAAAUCGAUGCCACCUCGAGAAUAACCCACCUGCCCAACUGGUACAACGGAAAGAGGAAGCAGAGGAGCUGGGCGGAUAUUUUGUGGUCAAUGGAAUCGAGAAGUUGAUUCGACUCUUAGUAGUCAAUCGAAGGAAUUUCCCCAUGGCCAUCGAACGUCCAUCAUUUCAAGGCAGAGGACCAACAUACUCCAAAUAUGGGAUGCUGAUGCGAUCUGUACGGCCAGAUCAGACUUCGCAGACAAAUAUUCUUCAUUAUCUCGACGAUGGAAACGUCACAUUCCGAUUCUCGUGGCGAAAGAACGAAUUUUUGGUACCGGUGAUGAUGGUCAUGAAGGCUUUGGUGGAGACCAAUGAUCGCGAAAUCUUCGAGGGCUUGGUUGGCUUCUCUGGGUCGGAAGGAUCAAAGAAUACCUUCUUGACCGAUCGAGUCGAGCUGUUACUCCGGACAUACAAGGCCUACGGUCUAUACACAAAGAGCAAGACGAGAGCAUACUUGGGGGAGAAAUUUCGGGUUGUUCUUGGAGUACCUGAUACCAUGUCGAACUACGAUUGUGGUACCGAAUUUCUACGGAAGAUUGUGCUGGUCCACCUUGGAAACGUGAAUGUCACGGAAGCCCAGGAUGAUGACAAGUUCAAAAUGCUUUUGUUCAUGACCAGGAAGUUGUAUGCUUUGGUUGCGGGAGAUUGUGCAGUAGACAACCCUGAUGCUGUCCAAAACCAAGAAAUCCUGUUAGGUCCAUUUCUAUACGGAAUGAUUAUCAAGGAGCGUCUCGAGGAUUGGGUUUCUGUGCAGCUGAGACUCGCAAUCCGAGACUAUCUCAGGAAAAGUCCAGAGAACAGUUUUGCGAGUCCUGAAUUCUUGAAAGACUUCCCAGUCAAACUCUGUGGACGUACCAACGAGAAUGUUGGCGGUGCCUUGGAGUAUUUCAUGUCAACCGGCAACUUGGUCAGUCCCACUGGAUUGGAUUUACAACAAACUUCUGGCUUCACAGUCGUGGCGGAGAAGAUCAAUUUCUUGCGCUUUAUCAGUCAUUUCCGCAUGGUUCAUAGAGGUAGUUUCUUCGCUCAAUUGAAGACCACCACCGUUCGAAAGCUGCUUCCAGAAAGUUGGGGAUUUCUUUGUCCUGUCCACACUCCUGAUGGUAGUCCUUGCGGUCUACUGAAUCACUUAGCGCACAAAUGCAGGAUCUUGACACAUGCUGUGGAUGCAUCUGCCAUUCCCAAAUUGGUCGCGGGUCUUGGUGUGGUCAAUUCUGGUUCUUCCUCCACAAAGGAGAGCGUGGUAGUUCAGCUGGACGGCAAGAUUCUGGGUUGGUGUACCCCUAAACAAUCUCGAGCCAUUGCAGAUACACUUCGAUAUUGGAAAGUUGACGGCACGCACAAUGUUCCAAAGGAGAUGGAGAUCUGCUUUGUGCCCAACUCUCAUGGUGGACAAUAUCCUGGAAUCUACAUGUCUGCCACUCCAGCGAGAAUGAUCCGACCUGUCAAGUAUCUCCCUCUCGACAAGGAAGACUUUGUAGGGCCCCAAGAACAGCCAUUCAUGUCCAUUGCUGUUACCGAGCCAGAAAUUAUUUCCGGUGAAUCAACACAUGUCGAACAAGACCCUACCAACAUUCUCUCCAUUCUCGCAAACAUGACUCCUUUCUCGGACUUCAAUCAAUCGCCAAGAAAUAUGUACCAGUGUCAGAUGGGCAAGCAAUCAAUGGGAACUCCUGGUACCGCAAUACGAUACAGAACAGACAACAAGACCUAUCGACUGCAGACUGGACAGACGCCGAUUGUUCGAGCUCCCUUACACAACGAGUACGGAUUCGACAACUUUCCCAAUGGCAUGAAUGCGGUAGUCGCUGUCAUUUCAUACACUGGCUACGAUAUGGAUGAUGCUAUGAUAAUCAACAAAUCAUCCCACGAGCGUGGCUUCGGUCAUGGCACCAUUUACAAGGUCAAGAAGAUUGAUCUCGAAGAAGGUGGUAACAAAUCCCGGUCAUCCAAAAACAUCAAGAAGCUCUUCGGAUUUGCGCCUGGAUCAGAGAUUAAGGCCGAGAUUAAGUCGCAAAUUGAUGAGGAUGGCCUCCCACAUAUUGGCAGGUUGUUGCAAGAAGGCGACAAGAUAUGCGCGUGGCAUACAGUCACUCAAGAUGUCCACGGCAAUCUCGUGAACCGAGAUGGAAUCACACAUUUCGAGAAGUACAAAGAUAGCGAGAUGGCCUUCGUUGAAGAAGUUCGAUUGAUAGGCAAUGAGAAUGGAGUCGAGCCAGCUCAAGCCAUCUCAGUAAAGUUCCGCAUUCCACGAUCUCCCGUCAUUGGUGACAAGUUCUCCUCAAGACAUGGACAGAAGGGUGUCUGUUCCCAGAAAUGGCCUAGCAUCGACAUGCCUUUCACCGAGUCUGGCAUGCAACCCGAUACCAUCAUCAAUCCUCACGCUUUCCCGUCGCGGAUGACAAUUGGUAUGUUCGUUGAGUCGCUGGCAGGAAAGGCUGGAGCACUUCAUGGACUCGCACAAGACAGUACGCCAUUCAAGUUCGAUGAACAGCAUACCGCAGGCGACUACUUUGGUCAUCAGCUAAUGAAAGCUGGAUACAAUUACUACGGGAACGAGCCAAUGUAUUCUGGAAUCACGGGCGAGGAGCUUCACGCAGACAUCUAUAUUGGUCUCGUCUACUAUCAACGCUUGCGACACAUGGUGAACGACAAGUAUCAAGUCAGAACAACAGGGCCUGUAACUCAAUUGACUGGUCAACCGAUCAAGGGAAGGAAGAAGGGUGGUGGUAUUCGAGUUGGGGAGAUGGAACGUGACUCACUGCUCGCUCACGGCACAGCUUUCCUCUUGCAGGAUCGAUUGCUAAAUUGCUCUGACUACACGAGAUCGUGGAUCUGUAAAGAGUGCGGAACUUUCUUGUCAACACAACCUACUGUCUCGGCGUUCGCAUCCAGAAAGAAGGGAACUGGAGUUGUGCGAUGCAGGAAAUGUGCUCACAGAGCUGAGGGAUGGUCGGGCAAGGGAGAGAUAUGGGAAGAUGGAGAGGGGCAGAGAUGGGUUGGAGGUGAAGAGACCACCAUUGUCGCAGUUCCUGGUGUGCUGAAAUACUUGGAUGUUGAGCUCGCUGCUAUGGGUAUCAAGCUGAAGUAUAAUGUCGGGCCUUAAUGAUCACGAGAGCAUCGAGCUGGCGUUUUGGAAGAGGCAUAUUUUAAGCAUUUUCAUGGAGCUGGGGGUUUUGCUUCGGAGGCACCAAAAAGUGUAGGGGUCAAGAAUAGAUGUAACGGCGGGAAUUCUAUCGUUUCCGACCAAUUGAUGGGAUAUACUCUACGAUUUCCGUUCUGUCUGGUCAAAACGCAAACGACAUUUGGUUGUUGAUGGUGACUUGAUAGUGGCCUCGUGAUUCGUCAACUCGGCUUCCUGCAUGAGACGUCU